AUGGGCGAUGAUUAUGAAAUUUUGGAUCCAAUUAAACCUGAGGCAAAGCAAAAUGAGGAUGCUCCUUCAACAGUUAUAUCCAGCAUAAAACAGCCUGCUCCUGAUGUUGCCACUGGCCUAGAGAGUAAGAACAAGAAAAAAGGCGGAGGUAUUUUUGGGUGGAAACAUAAAAAUGAUGAAAAAGAACAAAAACAAAAAGAUGGCGGUGAUGGAUCUGAAUAUGUUUAUGGUAAUUUCUAA